UUGGACUGCGCUGUACUGUUUAAGGUAAAUUAUGACCACUUUACUCUUAGUGUUGUUGAGCCUGCGAGUCAUCACUGCAGCCAUCUCUGUGGAGGUUUCAGACCAUGGUAACUCACUGAGUGUGAGCAUCCCAGAGCCUUCUCCCCUCCGUGUCCUCCUUGGGAACUCUCUCACCAUCCCUUGCUAUUUCAUUGACCCUGUGCACCCCGUGACGACGGCCCCCUCCACACCCCCGCUCUCCCCCCGGAUCAAAUGGAGCCGUCUUUCGGAAGAGAAGGAGGUGGUCCUUUUGGUAGCUACUGAGGGGCGUGUGCGGAUCAACAGUGCCUACGAGGACAAGAUCUCACUGCCCAACUACCCCGCCAUCCCCAGCGAUGCUACGCUGGAGAUCAACAACCUUCGCUCCAAUGACUCAGGCAUCUACCGCUGUGAGGUGAUGCAUGGCAUCGAGGAUAGCCAGGCUACCCUGGAGGUCGUUGUGAAAGGCAUCGUGUUCCAUUACAGAGCAAUCUCUACCCGCUACACCCUGGAUUUUGAGAAGGCACAGCAGGCUUGCAUACAGAAUAGUGCAGUCAUCGCCACUCCUGAGCAGCUGCAGGCUGCCUAUGACGACGGCUACCACCAGUGUGAUGCUGGUUGGCUGGCUGACCAAACUGUCAGAUACCCUAUCCACAGCCCCCGUGAGGGCUGUUAUGGAGACAAAGAUGAAUUCCCUGGAGUAAGGACCUAUGGCAUCCGAGAUACCAAUGAGACCUAUGACGUGUACUGCUUUGCAGAGGAGAUGGAAGGGGAAGUCUUUUAUUCUACAUCCCCGGAGAAAUUCACCUUCCAGGAGGCAGCAAAUGAGUGUCGGCGCCUGGGAGCCCGGCUGGCAACCACAGGGCAGCUGUACCUAGCCUGGCAAAGUGGAAUGGACAUGUGCAGUGCCGGCUGGCUGGCUGACCGCAGUGUCCGAUACCCCAUCUCCAAGGCACGUCCUAAUUGCGGGGGCAACCUCCUAGGGGUAAGGACUGUGUACCUGCAUGCCAAUCAGACGGGCUACCCGGAUCCCUUAUCCCGCUACGAUGCCAUCUGCUACACAGGGGAGGACUUUGUCGAGAUCAUACCAGAGAGUUUUACCGACGAUCUGAGCAGUGAAGGGGAGAUCACUAUUCAGACAGUCACUCAGCCCGAUGUGGAACUGCAGCUGCCCCAAAAUGUCACCAAGCAGGAGUCCCGAGGCAGCAUCGUCACCUCAGAGGAUGUCAUCACUCCUACUGGGCCUGAGCCUGAGGAGGCCUUCACUUGGACAGUGAGUGGCACAGGCUACCCAGUGUUGGAAAAUGAGACCGGCGAGGCCACCAAACCAUGGGGCUUCCUUCCGGAGGCCACUGCCUCUUCCCGUGUUACUCUCUUCCCUGGUGAAGUCACAGAGGGGGCUGCCACUGCCACCCCUGAGCUGGGACCUGCCACAGCCUUCACAGGAGAGGGCUUGAUUGCACCGGUGACAGCUGUCCCAGAGGUUGCUGCUGUCCCUGAGCGACCACUCUCGCCAACAGGUGUUGUGUUCCAUUACCGUCCAGGUUCCACCAGAUACUCUCUCACCUAUGAAGAGGCCCAACAGGCCUGUAGGGCCACAGGAGCUGUCAUUGCUACACCAGAACAGCUACAGGCAGCCUAUGAGGCUGGCUAUGAACAAUGUGAUGCUGGCUGGCUGCAGGACCAGACAGUCAGAUACCCCAUUGUGAGUCCCCGGACCCAGUGUGUCGGAGAUAAGGACAGCAGCCCAGGCGUCAGGACCUAUGGCCUACGCCCAGCAUCAGAGACCUAUGAUGUAUAUUGCUACGUAGACUGGCUACUGGGUGAGGUCUUCUUUGCCACUCGACCGGAGCUGUUCACCUUCCAAGAAGCCCAAGAAUACUGUGAAGAGCACAACGCCACCCUGGCUUCCACGGGGCAGCUUUAUGCUGCCUGGCGCCGGGGCCUGGACAAAUGCCAUGCUGGCUGGCUGGCAGAUGGCAGCGUCCGCUAUCCUAUCAUUACGCCCCGCUCUGCAUGUGGUGGGGACAAGCCAGGUGUUAGAACUGUCUACCUGUACUCCAACCAGACUGGCUUUCCUCACCCCCUGUCCCGGCACCAUGUUUACUGUUUCCAAGCUGGGCCUUCUCUGGAGGAAAAAGAAGGUGGCACACAGGUCUCCAUCAUUGAAGAAGAGCUGAUUCCAACUCAGGUGGCUCCAAAGGAGGGAGAAGCCCUAUCCAGGGGAGAAUUUACUACUGUACCCGAGAAUCAGACAGAGUGGGAAGCAGAAUUUUUUCCAACAACUACUUCAUUACUCUCAGUGAGUCCUUCAUCCUGGCCUCCCAUUAGUGCUAUUCCUGAAGAAAGUACUGUAGAGCCUUCUUUCAGUGAAGCACCUUCAGCCUCUGGAGAGCCAUCUGGUGUUCCAGACGUGAAUUUGGGAGUUCCAGAUAUGAGUGCCAGUGGGGAACCAUCAGUCUUUGGAGAGCCAUCUGGUAUUCCAGAUGUGAGUGCCAGCGGGGAGCCAUCAGCCUCUGGAGAGCCAUCUGGUGCUCCAGAUUUGGGAGUUCCAGAUGUGAGUGCCAGUGGGGAACCAUCAGUCUUUGGAGAGCCAUCUGGUAUUCCAGAUGUGAGUGCCAGUGGGGAACCAUCAGCCUCUGGAGAGCCAUCUGGUGCUCCAGAUUUGGGAGUUCCAGAUGUGAGUGCCAGCAGGGAACCAUCAGUCUUUGGAGAGCCAUCUGGUAUUCCAGAUGUGAGUGCCAGUGGGGAACCAUCAGCCUCUGGAGAGCCAUCCGGUGUCCCAGAUCUGGGAGUUCCAGAUGUGAGUGCCAGUGGGGAACCAUCAGUCUUUGGAGAGCCAUCUGGUAUUCCGGAUGUGAGUGGCAGCGGGGAACCAUCAGCCUCUGGAGAGCCAUCCGGUGUCCCAGAUCUGGGAGUUCCAGAUGUGAGUGCCAGUGGGGAACCAUCAGUCUUUGGAGAGCCAUCUGGUAUUCUGGAUGUGAGUGGCAGCGGGGAACCAUCAGCCUCUGGAGAGCCAUCUGGUGUCCCAGAUCUGGGAGUUCCAGAUGUGAGUGCCAGCAGAGAACCAUCAGUCUUUGGAGAGCCAUCUGGUAUUCCAGAUGUGAGUGGCAGCGGGGAACCAUCAGCCUCUGGAGAGCCAUCUGGUAUCCCAGAUCUGGGAGUUCCAGAUGUGAGUGCCAGUGGGGAACCAUCAGUCUUUGGAGAGCCAUCUGGUAUUCCGGAUGUGAGUGCCAGUGGGGAACUAUCAGCUUCUGGAGAGCCAUCUGGUGUUCCAGAUGAGAGUGGAGACUUCAUUGCCAGUGGAGAAGCUUCAGGAGGGUUUGAAACAAGUGGGCAGCCCUCUGAGGGCAGUGUAAGUGGACUGCCCUCUGGCAGCGUGGAUUUCAGUGGCCUUUCAUCUGGAGAAGGCUCUGGGCUACCUGAGGAGAGUGGAUUGGCUUCAGGGGAAACAGAUGUAAGUGGCUGGUCUAGCACUACUGAAGUUAGUGGAUUACCUUCAGGAGAAGACUUAGUUGGGUCUGCUUCUGAACACUUGGACCUUGGGGAGCUGCCUUCUGGAGCUCUAGGAAGUGGCCAAACUCCAGAAACAAGUGGCUUGCCAUCUGGAUUUAGUGGUGAGCACUCGGGGGUGGACUUUGGAAGUGGCCUCGCAUCUGGACUGCCUGAUUUGAGUGGAUUUCCAUCUGGAUUCCCAACUGUCUCUCUUGUUGAUACUACAUUGGUGGAAGUGGUCACAGCAACCACUGCCAGCCAGUUAGAAGGGAAGGGAACCAUUGGAAUCAGUGGUCAAGGAGAAAUAUCAGGGCUGCCAUCUGGAGAGUGGGAUAUUAGUGGAGGAACUAGUGAACUACCUUCAGGAACUGAGCUCAGUGGACAGGCAUCAGGAUUGCCUGAUACCAGUGGGGAAACAUCUGGAAUAUUUGGAAUAAGUGGACAGGCAUCUGGAAUUCCUGAAGCCAGUGGAGAAACAUCUGGACUAUUUGAGGUCAGUGGGUAUGUACCUGGAACUCCCGAGACCAGUGGAGAAACAUCUGGAAUAUUUGGAAUCAGUGCAUCUGGCUUUCCUGAUGCCAGUGGAGAGACAUCAGGGAUUUUUGACUUAACUCAGAAGCCAUCUGAAAUACCCUAUGUCAGUGGUCAACCCUCUGGAUUACCUGAUGCCAGUGGAGAAACAUCUGGAGUACUUGAACCCAGUGGAGAGCCUUCUGGUAUAACAGAUAUCAGUGGGGAGACAUCUGGAGUACUAUUUGGCAGUGGGCAACCAUUUGGAGUAACUGACCUCAGUGGAGCAACAUCUGGAGUAUUUGAUAUCAGUGGGCAACCAUCUGGAGUUCCUGGGUUCAGUGGUGAAACAUCUGGAAUAUCUGAUCUGAGUGGGGUGGGUGAUCUCAGUGGUUUGGUUUCUGGGACUGUAAGUGGCAGUGGUGAAUCAACCAGUGUUACAUUUGUUGAUACUGGUUUUGUUGAAGUGGCCCCAACUGCAUUCAGGGAAAAGGAAGAAGGUUUAGGUUCUGUGGAAAUAAGUGGCUUUCCUUCUGGGGAGGCAGAUCUAUCAGGUAACUUCUCUGGAAUUGUGGACUUCAGUGGACAAUCAUCUGGAACCAUAGAAUCCAGUGGGCUUGCUUCAGGUGCCCCAGAAUUUAGUGGCCUGCCAAGUGGAUCAGUGGAGUUCAGUGGAGAACCCUCAGGAGCAGGGACUGGAAGUGGCCUGACAUCUGGAGAAUAUGACAGUAGUGGACUUUCGUCUGGUUUUCCCACAGUAUCUCUUGUAGAUAGAACUUUGGUUGAAUCCACAACUCCAACUUCAACAGCAGAAGAGGCAGGAGAAGGACCUUUUGGGGUCUUAGAAAUCAGUGGAACCCCUUCAGGAGAAACAGAAGCCUCUGGGGAAGUAUCUGGAAGUGUGGAUCUCAGUGGGUCACAGCCAGGCUUGAUAGAGACCAGUGGAGAGUCAUCUAGCACACCAUCUUUCAGUGGUGAUUUUUCUGGGGUCACUGAUGUAAGUGGAGAAUCAUUGGCAGUCACCAGCAGCAGUGGAGAGGCCUCAGGGUUUCCAGAAGUCACUUUGAUUACCACAGAUUUAGUGGAAGCAGUUACCAAACCAACAGUUUCACAAGAACUCGGUCAAGGAUCUACCGUGACACUUCCUUAUUUUGUUGAGUCCAGUGGAGAGUCCUCAGUUUCUGGUGAGUUCAGUGGAAUGUCAACAACCCAUGAAACUGAGGUAGAGGCAUCAGCAGUUCCUGAGGUGAGUGGUGAGUUAUCAGCAUAUCCUGAGGCAUCUGCUGUCCCUGAUGUAAGUGGCACAACAUCUGCACUUUAUGAAACUGACCAUGAAGUACCUUCAUCAUCAAAUGGAAGUGGGGAAACAUCUACUUUCCAGGAAGUGACCAGUGACCCAUCCUCCACACCUGACCUGAGUGGAGAAUCAUCUGCCUUUCCUGGGAUCUCCGAGGAAACAUCUACUACACAUGAUAUUAAUGGAGAAACAUCCAGCCCCCAAGAUGUGGACUUAGAAACAUCAUCUGUGCCUCUGGCCAGUGGUGAAUUCCCUGUGAGUCUUGAAAACAGGACUGAUGUAAGUGGGGAAGUUUCUGGACUCCCAACCCCACCCCUGCCAGAAAUUUCAGGUGACAUCUCUUUGCCAGAUGUAGUCAUUAGCACCAGUGUUUCGGACACUGAAUUCAGGUAUCCGACCCAGAGCCCUGAAGAGGCUCAAACAGAAAUUGAGUCCUCUAGUCCUUUAGUAUCAGGAGAAGAGACUGAAGGAGUUGGAACAGUUCCCUCCCCCACAGACACUUCCAUUGCAUCUCAAGCUUCCUCAGAUGGGAGACAAGAAUCAGAGUCCACAACUGAAGACAUCGAUGAAUGCCACUCAAACCCCUGUCUGAAUGGAGGUACCUGCGUGGAUGGCAUCGACUCUUUCACAUGCUUAUGCCUUCCCAGCUACGGAGGGGACCUGUGUGAGAUCGACCAGGAGAUUUGCGAAGAGGGAUGGACCAAAUUCCAGGGACACUGUUACCGGCACUUCCCUGACCGGGAAACCUGGGUCAAUGCUGAGAGCCAAUGCCGACAGCACCAGUCUCAUCUGAGCAGCAUUGUCACACCUGAGGAGCAGGAGUUCGUCAACAACAAUGCCCAAGACUACCAAUGGAUUGGACUCAAUGACAGAACUAUCGAAGGUGAUUUCCGUUGGUCAGAUGGACACCCCUUGCAAUUUGAGAACUGGAGACCCAACCAGCCAGACAACUUCUUUGCCACUGGGGAAGACUGCGUAGUGAUGAUCUGGCAUGAGAAGGGUGAAUGGAAUGAUGUCCCUUGCAACUAUCACCUGCCAUUCACGUGUAAGAAGGGCACAGUGGCUUGCGGAGACCCUCCUGUCGUCGAACAUGCUAGGACCUUUGGACAGAAAAAGGACCGGUAUGAAAUAAACUCACUGGUCCGAUACCAGUGCAAGGAGGGCUUUGUCCAGCGCCAUGUACCCACAAUCCGAUGCUUACCUAGUGGACACUGGGAAGAGCCACAGAUAGCCUGCAUAGACCCUGCCACCCACAAGCGACGACUACAAAGGCGAAACUCGCAGCCUCAGCGGAGCAACGUCCACAGCACAGCCCACUAGACAGUCAAUUCCCCCCAGAGAGCCAAAAAGGACAGA